GUCCAUAUAUCCUUUCUCGUGAAGCUUGUCGCGUGGAGACGUGCGUUAAGUUUUGCAGCUUCUCGUAAUCGACUGUUAUCUGUGGUUUUUGUAAGAAUCUUCAACAAAAACCGUAACCAUGCCUCCUAAAUUCGAUCCGAAUGAAAUAAAGAAAGUGUUUUUGCGAUGUGUUGGUGGUGAAGUAGGAGCCACCUCGUCUCUUGCUCCAAAAAUUGGUCCUCUCGGUUUGGUAAUCUCCCAAAAAGUUGGUGACGACAUCGCCAAGGCUACUAGUGACUGGAAAGGUCUGAAAAUCACAGUUCAAUUGACCAUUCAGAACAGGCAAGCCACGAUUUCGGUUGUACCGUCUGCGGCUUCUCUAAUCAUUAAAGCCCUGAAAGAGCCGCCCAGAGACCGUAAGAGACAGAAGAAUAUCAAACACAGCGGUAAUUUGACGUUCGACGACAUAGUCUCCAUUGCCCGUGCUAUGAGAAUAAGAUCGAUGUCGCGAACACUCAGUGGCACCGUCAAAGAGAUCUUGGGUACGUGUCAGUCAGUUGGAUGCACUGUUGAAGGCAGACCUCCUCAUGAUCUUAUAGAUGACAUUAAUGCAGGAGAGCUGGAAGUUCCUGAGGAAUAACAUUUUUGACUUUUGUAAGGUGCAGAAAUAAAACAUUAAAAAAAAUUAAA